AAUCCAAGGGCGAACAGCCGCUCUAUCACGUGCACUAUAAGGGCUGGAGUGCAAAGUACGUCCAUCACCACCAUGGUUUGCUAUAACUAUAUUUCGCACAAGAUCCCAUGUUUAUCGCUGAUUACUGUCCAUAUUUUGAUUCCUUUCUGUACAACUGACUUUUUAUCCGUCAUCGAUUCAUUAAUUUCUCACUUUCGCGGCAGGUGGAACGAGUGGGUUGGACCCGGCAGGAUAAUGAAGCUCAAUGAGGAAAACAUUGCCAAGAUGAAAAAUCUCAAAAAGAUGCAUUUUGAAAGGGGCGGUCAAGAGGUGGACAUGUCCUCACCCACAGCGGAGUCUCCCCCUGUGCUUCCAAAAAGGCGGUUAACACAGACAGGCCUCCAGACGUCUCGCAAAAAACCUCCCUCCGAAGAUGCUAAAGCCGAGCAUGAUUCAACGGAGACGUCUGCACAGACGACGCUUAUUGAAAUGAAGAUCCCCAUCCCCAACAACUUGAAAGCAGUUCUCGUGGAUGACUUUGAGGCGAUUACUAAAAACCAAAUGGUUCUCAAAACCCCUGCUACGCCUACGCUUUCGCAGGUGUUGGCCAUGUAUCUGGAAGACCAGUAUCCAGAAGAUGGCACGUGCACCCAGCAACGCGAGGUUGCCCGCGAAGUUUGCGAAGGGCUUUGCGAUUAUUUCAAUGUAGCCCUGGGCUCUUUCUUACUUUAUCCCUUUGAGCGGGUGCAGUUGAAGGAUGUUCUCAAAACAAGCGAGGCGGCGCCGCUCUCGCAGAUCUAUGGGGCCAUACACCUUCUUCGUCUUUUUGUUAAGAUCCCAUCUCUUUUAUCACAAACGGCCACCACCAUUUCAACUUCCGCCGUGUUGCGGGACGAGUUCAUCAAAAUACUGCAGUUCCUCGACCAGAAGCACGAUACCCUAUUUCCGGACUCGAUAUACGAGUUUGCUGAGCCAUCAUACAUUUCUCGAUCCAAGGGCCUUUUGAUGUAG